AUGAGCGAGUUUGGUGAAAUUCUUAACGACGUGGGAGAAUUUGGAGCAUUUCAAAUACAUUUACUGGUAUUGAUAUGUAUCCCAUACUUAUUUACAGGAUUCCACUUACUUGCACAGGUUUUUACUGGAGCGACUGUUCAACAUCACUGUCAGGCCAACUGGAUACUAAGUAUCAUGGAUGGGUUGAGCAAAGAAGAAUAAUUGUUCCUUACUACCUCGAAGGAACAAGACGGGUCUUACCAAAAGUGUAAAAUGUACACGCCUCACCCAGAUAAAGACAUCAACUGGAUUUUGUUUCAUGGAAACAAAUCUACAAUAGCAUGUGAAGAAGGAGAGCUUAACGACUUGUCGGAACAUCCACCGACCAUAGUUACAGAGUUUAAUUUGGUUUGUGAUCACCGCUGGCUAAGUCAAUUCUCACACACUAGUACUAUGGCUGACCUGUUUGCUGGAGCCUUGUUGUUCAGCCCUCUACCAGACAGGUUUGGUCGACAAAGAAGUAUUUUAGUCUCACUGCUUCUUCAGCUUAUCACAGGAGUAGGAGCAGCAUUUGUACCAAACAUCAGCUUAUUCAUUGUUUUGCAGUUUGUUCUUGGUACUUCAGUGUCUGGCAUAAUGACGAACACAGUCGUUUUUGGUAGGAAUGAAAUUGUUAUUACUCUUUCUAGCAGUAUGGUGCAAGUUCCAGGUGCUGGGGGCAUGAAGUUGCUUCCAGAGUCUGCAAGAUGGCUUAUAAUGAAAGGACAAAAAGAAGCAGCCAAUGGGUAUCUUCGGAGAGCAGCAAUAAUGAACAGAAGGGCAAUAAAUGAAUCAUUAAUUGACAAGGUCAUUGUGAAAGAAAUCAUGCAGGUCAUGUUCUGGGAUCCUUUCAGGAUAUCAAGUCUGAGAAGAGUUACAUUAGUUUUGACCUUCAUUUGGUCUGUAAACAGCUUUGUGUAUUAUGGAUUAUGCUUCAGUGUUGGAAGUUUUGGCAAGAACAUUUACCUAACAAACUUCAUCUUUGGAUUAAUGGAAAUCCUCCGUGUUUCUUGCAUCUGGUUCUUGGCGAGAUUUGGUCGGAAAAAAUGUCAAGGAUGUUUCCUGUUGCUUGGUGGUGUUACAUGCCUCCUCAUACUGACUUUUCCGGAAGGAAUGGCUCUGGAAGUCACGGUGCUUGCUGUCCUUGCAAAAUUGUCAAUCUCAUGCUCCUUCUCAGUAACUUUUGUUUAUUCUACUGAGUUAUUCCCGACUGUGAUCAGGCAGAGUGGCAUUGGUUUGGUGUCCAUAUUUGCUCGGUUAGGUGGCACGAUUGUUCCCUUGAUUAUGAUUUUGGAACAGGACUAUCCAGGUAUCUCCUUGAUCUUAUUUGGAAUCACAUCCAUAAUCACCAGUGCCCUGAGCCUCCUGCUGCCUGAAACUGCCAACAAAGAAUUGCCGGAUCACACUAGACAACUUGGAAAUGUUAAAAUGGAAGUGAAUGGCAAAAGUGAUGUAGAAAAUGCAUGCCAUCAGUCUGCAGCAGAUGCUGAAGGAAACUUCACUAUGAGCACACGAAUGUGA